AUGAGACCUAUAGUGGCAGAUGUAAACGACAAUGAUGGUCACAUUGAACUCAAGAGAGGCCUGUGUGCCGUUCUGGAGACCAUCGAAUCCUCUGGGUCCUUCUUGACACAAGACCUUGGGCUGGGCCUAGCCAUACCUGGCCUGAAUAUCGCAGGCCUAGGCAACAUUCGACUUCCCAUCUCAGCAGACGAUGCAAAAGCCAUUACCCAGUGUUGCGAUCGCAGCCCCUACGGCAAAGGUUCCGAAACUUUGGUGGACGAAUCCGUUCGCAAAACAUGGCAACUCGACCCUGGCCAGUUUUCGCUUCAAAAUCCGCUCUGGCAACAGCAGAUGGAUGACGUGGUGGACGACGCCGUGACGGGCCUGGGUCUGACUGCCCAAUCGGAUGAGGUUCAGGCCGAGCUAUAUAAGCUCCUGAUCUACGAGGAAGGCGCAUUUUUCCUUCCACACCAGGACACUGAGAAGGCCGAUGGCAUGUUUGCUACGCUGGUGGUAUGUCUUCCUUCGAAGCACGAAGGCGGGACACUCGUUGCUUCCCACCGUGGUUGGAAGAUCGCAUGGUCAACUGCAUCAUCCUCUGAAUUUAGCUUCUCGUGGGCUGCUUGGUAUGCGGAUGUUAUCCAUGAGGUGAGACCCGUCACCUCUGGAUAUAGAGUGGCUCUGGUGUACAAUUUGAUUCAUCGCCCAUUAGUUGGGCUUGGUAUUUCCGGUGUUCAAACAGACAAGCUAACUCAUCUACUUGAAUCCUGGGUCUCCGAUUGCAGUGGAAAUGGGCAAUCCGAUCACUCAGCUUGGGAUCAUCAUAUCAAUGGUGACUGCCCACCAGCACUUGUCUAUGUCCUAGAGCACCAGUAUACUGUUGCUGAACUUAGCUUUGAUCGACUGAAAGGAGUAGAUCAAGUUCGUUUUGGAGAACUCCAAAAGGCAUGUCAGGGAUUUGAUUUCGACUUAUACCUAGCCAAUAUUGAGAAGACCAGAAUGGGUGGCGUCGAUGGACGGUACGGGAACAGUUAUUGGAAAGCUCACAAUGCGCUAGAGGAUGUGCUCGGAGGCAAUCAGAAGUUCUUAUCAGUGGUGGACGCGUCAGGGUCGGAAGUCGGAAAGCAUUUGCCAUUCCACGGGAAAUUGCUGAUUCAAGAGGAUUUCUUCUCGAAUCGACUUCCGGAUGAUGAAAAAUACCAAGGCUUUACGGGCAACGAAGCGGCUAAGGCAACCCGUGUUUACCGAGCGACAGGUGCCAUAAUUGUCCCAAAUGUUUUUCGCUCCUCGUUCAUACUCCACCGGCUAAUAUACUCCGCGGAUAACAUUGCAGACCUCCUAGAUGAGUGUCACCAGCUAUUCUCAGAACAGCCCGAUAAUGCUUUGACGAAGCGGAAUCUGGUCCGGGCCUGCCAAACGAUCCUGAAAAAACACUCUUCGUCGUCUGAAAUGAGAGCCAAGAUUAUGCAGAUAGCCAUUGAUGUUGAUGACGUGAUUCUAUUCUGCCAAACUCUUGUGUCCCUUGAAGGCACCAUGUCUUCUUCCGAGAUUACUCAAACUGCGAAAGUCCUGGCGAAACAUGGACUUGAAGCUAUUCGCUUGGCGCUGGAACGUGUUUUUCAAGACAAACCGCAUGGCCCCUCAUUGCCAGAGAGAGUCAGCUGUAUUUCUAAACUGUUCCGGGAAUAUCGUGCAAUCUGCCAGGAACGGGGCCGAGCGCCAUCGGUGGAAAUGUUGAACUGGGAAAGCGCUAUUAUCAGCAAUUAUCUGUCCUGCUAUUCGAACGACACAGGACCAGAUGGCCGCCAUCUAGUGGAUGUGCUGACGCCGUUGCCCCAGGAGGGCUUAUUCGAAAGAAUCAUACCUUUCCUGGAGACUAAGAUUGAGCGCACAGCUUGUCUUGGGAAAUUCUUUGUCUCGGUCUAUGUCUACUCAAGGCGUGGGAAGUUCGACCAAGAUGCGGUUGAUGCAAUGCUCAAGAAUCUUCUACCAAAAUUUUUCCGCGGCUUUCGGGUUCAAUACAAGCAUACCUCUAACUCUGGUCUUGAAUUUGCUGCGAACUGCCGCCCCACGAAACAUACCACGAGUAUCCGCAUCGAUCCCAAAACGGUAGUCGGGUUGAUUAAGUUAGGAGAUGUUAUGGACGUCGACAACGCAGCAUUAGUUCAUGCCCUCACGGAAUACACUCUGGACCUCCAAGCAAGAGAUAUGCCUGAUGUUUUUACCGACUUCCUGCUUCCAGUGGCAAACGGUGUUUGCGAGAAUGUCAUUACGUCUGGAGGCCCUUCCACAAAUAGUGAACGACGAUUCGUUAAACACAUUCUCAACAAAUACAUAACUGGCUAUGUACUUCCUGCUCCUCUCGUGCCACCAGACUGGCAGGGCAGGUCAUGUAUCCUCUGCCGCUGCUAUACCUGUGCUAGCCUAGACACAUUCAUCGAAGACCCCGCCGUAAGAACAAGAAAGGUUCACAUGGGUGGAAAGGAUAUGGAGCACUUUGAUCGCCACCUUGACGAUUUCUUUUUCACUAAAACAGUCGUCGGACCUGUCGGUAUGCAAAUGCUGCGAAUAUGGAAAACGGACGCGAUGAUGCUCGUUUCCCAGUUGCACGCCUGGAACAAACGAGCUCGUGAUGCAAAGGCUCAGUUGGACCAGUUGGAUAAGCAUAGGUCUUUGAAAGAGAUUUUGGGGAAUACUUACGACUCCUUGAUGAAUCACCCGAAUCUUACACUUCCUGAUGACCACCCUGCAGCUACUUCAACUGCGAUUUAGGCUGGUCACCCUAUGUCUGGGAGCGUCGUUCCAAGUAAGC